UGGGGUGAUCUGAAGAGGGCUGUGCACAGGAGAUGUCCUUGCAAUCUGACAGAUUUACCAAACUGCUUUUCUAUGAAAGACUGUGUGAUGGCAGUUCCAUUGAUCAGAACUCUUAAAGGCGGAAGUACAGAGACAACGUCACUGUGCGUGAAUACCACAAAACCACAGUGUGUUUGGUUACUUUGGAUGAGUUUUUUUUUUUUUUUUUUUUAAAUGUGUCUUUGAAUUUGCUUAUAAACAACAUCAAAAUAUCUUUGGCUACAACUUUUGGCUGCAGUCAGUAUAUUUAUAAUGAAUUGUACACAAAGCCUUGCAAUUACAGUGUUUAAUUUGAAAUACAAAAUCAGUUAUAAUACCGCAUACAGCAAAUACAGCAUAAAACCCUGCUCCUAGCAGAGGGCUUAAUUAUUUUCUAGCCGUCAUGUUUGUGUUCUUGUGAAAAGAAAAUAAUCCAUUCUGCGUAGAUUUCUAAUUUCUUUCAUCAUAAAUUCUCAUGGAACGUAUUUGAAGCAAUGCACACUGAAUCCAAGACACUUCCACCCCAAAUACAGUAUAAACCCUGACUACACGUUCAGCCGUCCAACGCCAGCACCCCCAAAGAGACCAUGCAUCUGCCCCACCCCCAGCUGGAAGGGGGUGGCCCUCGGGGGCGACGUGGGAGCCUUGUCUCCAUGAAAGUGAGACCGCUGUGGUAAUGCUGUCGUCUGAGUGCUGAGGCCAGUGAGGGCGCGGUGGCCAUGGUGCCAUGACUCCCCUGAUUUGGAUACUCAUCUGGUUGCUGCGGGCACUUUCAGGGAAGACACAGAAGGCCCUGACACUGCCCGUCUUUCUGUCAUGGUUUGUCUCAGGGACGUGUGCUCUGCCCGAUCCAGUCAAUGUGAAUCUGUCCUCCAACCAUUUCAUCCAUCUCCUGACGUGGGCUCCGGGCCUGGGAACACCACCUGGGGUGCACUAUCGGGUGAUGAUUAAAGAUUUCCGGAGUGGAUUGCCUUGGAAGGAAGUUGCUGGUUGUGAACACGUGCAGUCCCCUCUGGUGUGCAACCUGACUAAGGACUUCUCUGAAAUAGACAACAUCUACUACUACCAAGUGUAUGCUGUGCUGGGGAACCAAUCAUCAAAUUCUAUAGGAAACCCCAAGGGAUUUCUACCCAUUGACAACACUUACCUGGACCCGCCCAAGGUGACCGUGAGGGCCUGUAAUGGCACACUGUGCGUGGACCUGAGGCCUCCCAUUGGUUCCCUGGAAGACAUUUAUAACAAAUUCACCUACGCACUCAUAAUCACCAGUAAGGGUCGCGCGUACACCAUGCACACCAAGUCUCUGAAGGGAGAGGUUCUGAAGGACCUGGCCCCGGGCAGACAGUACUGUGUCUCCGUCCAGAUCUUAGGCAAUGAAGAGCGAACCGCAAAGAACUCUUCCUACAGCCAACCACACUGUGCCUCCACUUCUGCCAACCCCACUGCAGAAAAAGAGGUUUUGGUGGCAGUAUGUGCGGCUGUGGUUUUGAUGUUUCUCUGUGUAUCCCUGCUGUUUCACACUGGAUAUAUCUGUUUGAAACCACCCCUUCCGGAUGUACUGAUCUCCAUCAAACACCAGGAGCACCAUCUCCCGGAGCCUGACUGCAAAGAACGGUUCUCCCCCGUGCAGGUGUUGCCCCCGUCGGGAUGCGACGACAGCGAGGUGGAGACCGAGGCAGAGGGAACCAGUUGCAGCGGCGAAGCCGAGUACGAGACACGCAGAGGCACUGAGGCAGCCCUGACCUCUCGUGACUCUCUUUCCUCCUCCGCCUCCUCCUCUGGACCUAACAAGUCCUACCACACCUCCUCGUCCGCGGACCUUCCGUCCCCCGGCGAGACACUGUCCAUCUGCCCCCUCUCCCCUCUCUCUCUGUCUGACAACCGUCUGCCGGAUUUGGACCGGGGCCGCUCACAGGCCCUGGACCCGAGGUCCAGUCUGUCCUCGGAGAGAUCUGCGGGGAUGGUGGAGGGCUUACUUCCAAUGGAGGAGGAGGAGGAGGGCUGCCUGGAAAUCAGCCUGCUCUCUGUCACCCUGGGUGGUCGUGAGGAGGUGAGGCCGCUGGUGGAUGUGGCGGGACCAGAGCCACAGGGCGCCUCCGUGAGGGAUUCCCCCGAUCCAACGACCCCCUUCCUGCCCUCUGUCGUUGAGUUCUGGGCCCCAGAACCUGUCAGCACACAGACACAUGUCUCCACUGCUGACAUGGAAGAGGAGAGCCAGUGUUAUUUGCGACAGAGCACCUGGAAUAUGAGUCCUUUGACCUUGUUACUUUUGUGCACACCCCUGGUGGUGUCCAUGCUCCCAGCUCCUACCAAUGUAUCCAUAGUCUCAUUCAACCUGGAGCACACACUGAUCUGGCUGCCUGGUCAAGGCUCUCCUGUCAACUCACACUUCACAGUUCAGUUCAGCCUCAAGAAUUUCAGGUGGCGGACGGUAAAGCGCUGUGCUGGGUUGACCACCCAGUCAUGUGACCUCACUAACACGUGGAAGGACUCCUUCAUGCACUACCAGGCCCGUGUCCAGGCUUUCACCCCAAGCCAAAAGUCCAACUGGACGCUCUCUAUGUUCUUCAACCCCCUGACUGAUACGGUGUUUAGCCCUCCUCUGGUGUCUGUGUCGGGUUGUGGGAACUGCCUGCGUCUGAACAUCACUUGGCCUACAUUGAAGGGCAUGCAGCACCCCCUGAAACUGCUCUUCUACAGGAGUUUCACCUGUCAGGUGCGCCGGACUAGAGAUGGAUCUCAGUUCAGCCUCACCGUCACCGGGGACACUGUGGUCCGCUACCUGGAACCACGGGCGGAGUAUUGCGUCACUGUAACCCCGGCUAUGGCCUUCGGCGCACACUCUGUCCCCGCUAAGCCCCGUUGUGCCUUCACCAGCCCUGCGGACGUCAACAAGAUGACUGUGCUUCUAAGUGGACUGUGCGCCUUCAGCCUGUUGGUAGCGCUGUGCUGUGGAGUUCUGGUCUACAUUGGUCACCUGCUUUAUCUGCACAGCCCUGUCCUCAAAACAUUUCUUUGGUCACUGUACUCUGCUAUUGGCUGAAACGUUACCUGACUCUAAUUCAGUUACAUUACACAUAAAAAUGUAUUU